AUGUUGCUUCUCAUAUUAAUUUCUUCAAUCUCCUCAGUGGCCGCUGUUUCACCCCUGGCAGGUGUCAACAUCGCGGGUUUCGAUUUUGGCACUGAUAUCACUGGAACUGCCAAUCUGAUAAAUGUGAAUCCUCCUUUGACAACUCUCGGUGGCAGCGAUGGCGCGGGACAAAUGACACAUUUCUUCAAGAAAGAUGGGUUGAACGUUUUUAGACUACCCGUCAGUUGGCAGUUUUUGAUCAACAGCAAUGUUCUCUUGGGUGGAAGGGCGGGCAACGGUACCAUGAGCCCCAAUAUGAUAAUGCCUACGCCGCCAAAGAAUGGUACUGCCCCGAGGCCAUCCAAGGAAAAUUUUAUCAAUAUCUUGGACGCAAACAAUGUUGUAAAAUACGAUCAGCUCGUGCAGGCAUGCCUCGCAACCAGGGCAAAAUACAUUAUUGAUAUUCACAACUACGCUUGCUUCAACGAUGAAAUCAUCGGUCAAGGAGGCCCUACGAAUGCACAGUUUGCAGAUCUCUGGGCACAAAUUGCUACAAUGUACAAAGCAGAGCCAAAUAUAAUAUUCGGACUCAUGAACGAGCCUCACAACAUCCUUGAUAUGCCAAUCUGGGCGGAUACGGUGCAAGCAGCAGUUACAGCAAUCCGACAAGCUGGUGCCAUAACACAAAUGAUCCUUCUCCCAGGCAACAAUUUCACUUCAGCACAAACCUUCGUUAGCAACGGCUCCGCCGGAAACUUGAGCCGAGUCCACAAUCUCGAUGGAUCAAACACUAGCUUGAUAUUCGAUGUCCACAAGUAUCUAGAUUCCGAUAAUAGCGGCACUCACACAGAAUGCACUUCCAACCAUAUCGCGGACACAUUCAUGCCUCUUGCCAUGUUUUUGAAAGCGAAUAAUAGAAUGGCAUUUUUGACUGAAACAGGGGUGGGAAUACGGUUUCACUUCUCUUCUAAUCUGUACAAGUGUUUAACAAAAUUCUGUAACACACUUACCUUCAUCAAUGCCAAUCCCGAUACGUACCUGAGCUACGUCGGAUGGGCAGCUGGAGGCUUCUCUCCCUCUACCUAUAACUUGACGAUGACGCCGAUUGGAUCAUCGGGGAAUUUCACGGAUCAACCGAUUGUGGCGCAAUGUCUUGUGGGUACACGCAACGGACAAGGAAUAGCUAGCUUCAAAAAGCGUAGUAUUCGCCGUGGAUGA